AUGGUCGACAGAGAGGGAGCUAGAACCAUCGUAGGCAUCAUCGGAAAUGUAAUCUCUUUUGGGUUGUUUCUCUCCCCAAUCCCAACAUUCAUCAAGAUAUGGAAGCAAAAGGCAGUGGAGGAGUUCAAGCCUGAUCCUUACUUAGCAACUGUUCUUAAUUGCAUGAUGUGGACCUUCUACGGCAUGCCUUUUGUCCAACCAGACAGUAUUCUUGUCAUUACAAUCAACAGCAUCGGCCUCGCAAUGGAGGUCAUCUAUGUUUCCAUCUUCUUCUCCUACUCUCCCUGGCAAAAGCGGCGCAAGAUCAUGUUGGCGUUGGUGGUUGAACUGAUCUUCAUGGCUAUCGUGGUUUUCAUAACCAUAUAUUUUUUCCAUACCACCAAAAGAAGGGCUAUGAUUGUUGGGAUACUAUGCAUAGUCUUCAAUGUGAUUAUGUACACUUCACCAUUAACAGUCGCGAGUCGCGUAAUUAAGACGAAGAGUGUCAAGUACAUGCCGUUCUCUCUAUCACUUGCAAACUUUUGCAAUGGAAUUUGUUGGGCUAUAUAUGCACUCCUCAAAUUUGAUCCUUAUGUAUUGAUUCCUAAUGGAUUGGGAACGCUUUCGGGCUUGGCACAGCUUAUACUGUAUGCGUGUUACUACAAGUCCACUAAUUGGGAUGAAGACGAAGAAGAAGGUAAAUCGGAAGUUCAAAUGACGAAAAACUAAUUGGGAUGAAGACGAAGAAGAUGGUACAUCAGAAGUUCAAAUGACA